GUAAAGGAAGGUUGUCUUUUAAAUAUCACUUAUUGCUCGGCGUAUAUUACUUUCACUUAUCAUCAGCAAUAGCAAGAAGAAUUGAAGUGCCCAGUGGUGGUUUGUAGCUUUCUGAGAAAGAUUCAUUGUGCCAUUAGAGAUUUAAUUGGAGGUAUCAGAAAACAUGCAGAACAUGUUUUUCAACAUAAGCAAUUUUCCUACUAGGUUCAGAAUGAUUGAAUGUAUGUUCUGUUUUAAUAACUGCACUGUCUUCCUGAGCAUUCUGCCUCAACCAUUUUACACCCAUACCUGUGACUACUAUGGAAGGGGCAGCAGGGGGCUCAGUCAUAAACAAAGGGAGAAGUUUUCUGAUACACACAAUAUGGUGCAGCAUGGUCCCCGGUCUCUUGUUUUGUGCGGGCCAUCAGGUUCAGGGAAGUCAACAUUACUGCAACGUCUGUUUGCCGAGUUUCCACAUAAGUUUGGCUUCUCAGUUUCACACACAACAAGAAAUCCCAGACCAGGAGAGGUUAAUGGAAAACACUACCACUUCAUUACCAAGGAAGCAAUGAGAGAGGCCAUUGCACAUGGUGAAUUCAUUGAAUCAGCAGAGUUCUGUAAAAACUUGUAUGGUACGAGUAAGGCAGCAGUGCAGGCUGUGAUGUCUGAAGGAAAAGUCUGUGUCCUUGAUAUAGACGUACAAGGAGUAAAGCAAGUGAAACAGACAGACUUGAACCCACAUUAUAUUUUUGUUAUGCCUCCUUCCAUUGAGGAACUGGAGUGCAGGCUGAGGGAUCGUGGAACAGAGACAGAAGAGAGCCUUCAGAAACGAUUGGAUGCUGCCAGAGAAGAGAUUGAGUUUGGGAAUGCACCAGGGAACUUUGAUCUUGUAGUGGAGAACAACUCGCUGGAUAAAGCCUAUGCUAGCCUGCGAGAAUUUGUUGCGAGGGAAGUGGUGAAGGACAAGGUUGAUGAUAUUGAUGUGCGUGAUUCCUGAUGCAGGGGGGUGCAGUGACUAAAGUGAACCUCAGAGUGCAACAACGAGUGCUGAGAUGUCACGCCACCCCUACCUUGAUGUUGGUGCCGUCAUUCCACCUCUGCAUGAAAGACGACAGCUCCCACCAACACCACUAACACUGUGUUGUGUCCUCGUUGUGCUUAACCUAACCUGGUUGGUAUGUAUCCCUGUGUUAUCAGACAUAGUUCCUAGGAACUGGGGGCAUAAGCCCAUGUUUUGAUUUAUGUACACCAGAGGUGAAGUCAGUAUUUAAUGCCAUAUUUUCCCUUCAUUCUGUAUGGCCAUUUUACACAACGGUAUGACAACCAUUUAAUGUUGACAUUUCUUCAUUUAAGGUUAAACGUCAGUGGUGUCCCCAUUAAAGUUUUUUUUUUUUUAAGUUUAGUGUUUUUCCCCAAAGGAACUCUAAUUGGGAAUGUUAUAUGUACAAGAAGAUCAUUUGAUGAAAGCAAGUGACUGCCAGCAGUGUGUGUGUGCUGAGACUGUAGAGUGAUUUCACUUCUCCUAGUCAGUCAUCUGGUUGCAUUCAGGAAUGACUGACACUGUUCACUAUACAUUGCAUUAUUUCAGACUGUACAGUGAUCACUGAUGAGUCAUGGAAAGGCUGUGUGUGGUGUGUACAGUAGACCACAUAGAUCAGUCAAAAUUGCAUUUUGUCGUUUGUUCAACUUUUGAUUACGGUGCCUAUGUAAGGCAUGAAGAGACUCAGAAGAAACUGCAACAUGUAAGAAGCGGAAAGGGAAUGGGAUAAGAAUUUAAAGAUGUAGCAGUGGUAAUCCAGAAAUCAUUUCAAUGAGAGACGACAUUGUCACUGUGGUACAUUGAUCCAUACAGAUGUAUGUUGUUAGGAUGUUCUUAUGCCCAUUUUGCUUUCAUGAAAACUGGUCUGUGUGUAUGCAUGCAUAUGAGUGUGCAUGUGUAUGUAUACCUGCAUUCCCUGUAUUUGACGCCAGUGUGCUGUAGCGAUGAGCUUGACCUUCAACAAGCAGACGUAUUGUAGCGGUGGCCUCUGAGCAUGGGCAUAUGAAAAUGUCAAUAGAAAUAUUAUUAAUGGUUACUAUUUAUGUUUAGGAGGACAGUGUUUAAAUUAUUUUUUUUAUCAUUACACAUAAAUAAAGGGAAUAAGUUUAUUUCUUACAAAAGACACGUACUGAAGCAUAUUCAUGGGAAUGAAUUCUAGAUGUUCAUGAUAUAAAGGGAUGGAUUGAAAGUUACUUUCAUGUAUGUAUUUAGUCAUAUCUUCAUUUAGAUUUGGACAGUCAACAUGGCAACAAAAGUAUGUGGUAGUCAGUAUGCAGUAGUAGCUGCCCUCAGAGAACCACACAGCUGUUUAGAAAUUUUACUACCAUUGUGGGAAUGGUGCAUCGUGCAGUUUCAAUCAAUAAUUUUUCUGCUUUCAAAAAGGCCUUUCUCUAGCAACAAUUCAUUGGGAAUUUGUUGCCAUGUGUGGUCUGAAUGCAGUGAUGUUGCAGAUAGUCACUGAUGCCAUAGUUCUCGCUGUUCUUGCAAAGUGUCUCAAUAUGCAGGGUGAUGAUGUGGAAAAGUGACUUCAGUGGACAGCAAUACUAAAUGUGUAAUAUAUUGGGUUGAUAUUAGAUCUGUGUGCAAUAAGUUCGUGAAAGUAUCUUUCCGAUAUGCUCUCGUAUUUAAUGUGGUUUCAUGAGUCUUCAUUUGUAAUAAUUCAUUACGUCCUUUUACAUUUUAUUAAUUCCAUUAUAUGUCUAGGUGUUUAAUUGGUCAAUUUUUAUUUGGUGUGAAACUUAAACUUGAAAUGGAGUCACUCAGAGUACACUAGCAGACAUUUAUGUCUUGUCUGUGAUAAGAAGAAGCUUUGUGUUCCCAAAGUAAAAUAUUCAGUAUCCAUAUAAUUGCAUUUGUUCUGAGCGAACUGGGAUGCCAGGUGCAAGAAUAGUGUUGCUCCAUUUCAUCGGUAGCUUCAGAUGUUAAUGGUAACAAUAGAGUUGUAUAUAUGUCAAGAAGCUUGAUGUAAUAAAUGUUUCAAAAGAAUG